AUGAUGACGAAACUGGACCUCUGCGACCUGCACCAGACCUUCGGCAUUGCCGUUCCCAUCAUGGCCGCGAGAUCGCGACCAGUCCUCGACGCUAUGCCCUUGCCUGCGCAUUGGCGUCUAGCGGGGAACAAGAGAUCCAAGGUGCUGCCAUGGCUCGGCUCGACUCCCCGCUAG